UAUUCUACAUUCUUUAUGAAAUAUAUUACACUCACCUGAUAGUCUGUAGUAGCCUGCGGACAUGGUUAACUAUGGAUUGUUACAUUAUGUAGAUACAACUAUAAAGAUUUAAAGCUAAUAACGCUUUUUGUGCUUGUGUGAGAAUAUCACAGAAAAAUGACUCGCACAGUGUCAUCGGAUUUUUAAAAAUUAAUGAAACUGAAAAAACGGAAGAGUCUGUGCGCGCAGUGCGUGAAUAUGCCCGCCAAGGUCUCAAAGAAGGUCGUGGGCAUGAUCGUACGAAGCCGAAAAUUCAUUAUUAAGGAUGGGGUCAUUACGUAUUAUAUGGAACUGAACAACUGAUAAAUGAAAAAUUGAUAGGAUCAUAAUAUGGAAAGAAAUAUAUAUAGUAGCACUUCUUAGGGGUCAUGCCCCCUGGGGCAAAAGGUGGAGCAGAGGGCCUGGGCCCCUCUUGUUCUGAAAUUCACAACAGCCAAGAACAUGCUAUUGCUAAACUCACACCUCCUCUUACAUUUGCUCAGCAAUGCUACAGACAUCUUAAGAGUUCCGGUAUUGGAGAGGCAAGUGUGUACCAUGCUCUGGUUGUAAUAUUUUUGGAAUUUUUUGCAUGGGGUUUAUUAACCAUGCCUGUUAUCUCUGUAUUAAAUAUCACAUUUCCAAAUCAUACGUUCCUGAUGAAUGGUUUGAUAAUGGGCAUUAAAGGAAUCUUGUCAUUUCUUUCUGCACCAUUAAUUGGUGCUUUAUCUGAUGUAUGGGGUCGAAAAUUCUUUUUACUCAUCACAGUAGCCUUCACAUGUGCGCCGAUUCCUCUAAUGAGCAUUAAUACAUGGUGGUUUUUUGCUAUGAUCUCCAUCAGUGGUGUCUUUGCUUGCACAUUUUCAGUGGUGUUUGCAUAUGUUGCUGAUGUUACUGAAGAGCAUCAAAGAUCUCCAGCAUAUGGUAUGGUAUCAGCAACUUUUGCUGCAAGUAUGGUAAUAAGUCCAGCAUUAGGAGAUUAUAUUAUGAAAGAAUAUGGAGAGAAUCUUGUGGUUGCAUUAGCAACUGCUAUUGCAGUGUUGGAUGUGUUUUUUAUAUUAGUGGCUGUACCUGAAAGUUUGCCUGAAAAAGCUCGUCCACCAGCACCUAUAUCUUGGGAACAGGCAGAUCCCUUUGCUUAUCUUGGAAAAGUUGGCAAAGAUCAUACUAUUUUAAUGUUGUGUAUUACUGUGUUCCUGAGCUAUCUUCCUGAAGCAGGACAAUAUAGUUGUAUAUUUGUCUACUUGACUAAAGUUAUGGGAUUUACUGCUUUAAUGGUAGCAAUUUUUAUUGCUGUGGUGGGAAUUUUAAGUGUCGGAGCUCAAAGUGUCUUAGGUCCUUUAAUAAGAACACUUGGCAGUAAACACACCAUAAUGUUAGGUCUUUUAUUUGAAAUGUUACAACUUAUGUGGUUUGGCUUCGGUUCACAAACAUGGAUGAUGUGGGCAGCUGGAGUACUUGCUGCAGUAUCAAGUAUCACAUAUCCUGCAAUUUCUGCAUUCAUAUCUAUGCAUUCUGAUGCAGAUAAGCAGGGUUUGGUACAAGGCAUGGUAACUGGAAUGCGUGGAUUAUGUAAUGGUCUUGGGCCAGCAAUGUUUGGAGUAAUCUUUUAUCUCUUUCGCGUUGAUCUCAACGAUAAUUCUCCUUCUCUCCCUGCAAAACCAUCUCCAUUAGAGGAAAAUAAUAAAACAGGAACUGCCACGCAACAUCUUGAUAUUAUGCCACAGAUAGUAACCCAGCUUGUACCAGGACCACCAUUUGUGUUUGGUGCAUUACUUGUGAUAUGUGCAUUACUAGUAGCUGCAUUUAUACCGGAAUCAAACACAAUGCCAACAGGUCCAUUACAUCAUCCAUCCACCUCCCGGAGGCCCUCCGGUAAAUACGCAUAUCAGAAAUGUUUAUCCUUGGAUGUACAUUAUGAAGGAGAUAAAUUGGGAAGUGGGAAAGGAAAAAUAGGGCCGCUGUCACCUCUAGUCGACAAUUGCAACUCGGCUGCUCUAUAGCUAUUGUGAAAAAAAAAAAGAAAAAAAGAAAAAAAAAAAAGAAAAGAAAAGUACCUUCAUGAUGAAACUCUCUAUAGUUAGAGAAAUGGUUACUAUCAAGUGCACCUGCUACACACAGACUUUAAGAAAAAGAAAGCUGUCUAUAUUGUAUUAUAUUAUAUCUUUAAGUCAAUAACUGAGAUUGAUAUUAGGAUUAUCAAUCCAUUUAAUGUUUAGGUUAUGAGAAGUUUUUACGAGCAGUGCUUGUUUUGAUGACAUUUAGGUUGAAUUGAACAUUACGUUCGAUAUUUUUUUAGGAAUUUUGUUAUAUAAAAAGUUGAAUUUUCACUUUUUCCAAAAGAAAAAAAUUGUAAUAUUAACUUGUACCAAGUGAAGCAUUGGAUAUCAUUUAUCAGUGACUCCUAGUUUGUGUAGUUUGUCGAUGCGAUAAAACGAAUGAAAGUUGUAAUCAGUAUUUUUUAUUAGACUUAUAACAAAAAAAUUAUGUAACUUUUUAUGCAAAAAUCAUUUUUUAUUAUGUAUAAUAUUCAUCGCUUAUUAAGAUCACAUAAGAGGCAACUUUUUUAAUUUAGAGAAGAGCACUUGUUACUUUGAUCACAAGUAUUAUGAAUCUUCAGUUUAAGAUAUUUUCUAUAACACUUUUGUGAUUUGGCAAACAAAAUAUUUAUUUGCGUUUUUUGUUUUAUUUUUUAUGCAUUUCUUUGUUUUAAAUAUAUUUUUGAUUUAAUGAGGAAAGAAAAGUGCAAUAGUUGCCGAAGAAUGUUAAAAAGACGUUGUAAAUGAAACUUUACAUAGCUGAAAUAGGAAAUAAGUUUCCAAUUGCAUAUAAUAUCUAGGUAAGAGUUAGCUGAUGUUUGUAAAGUAUGUUAACUAUUUUCUUUGCAUAAAAUAUUUAUUUUAAUAAUUAGACAUCAACAGAAUAAAUGGCCUUAAUCAAAAAGAAAAAA